GAGAAGAGGAACCGCAGGAGCUGUUGGUGUUUGGAUAUAGCUGCAAAUUAUUUCGAGAUGAUGACAAGGCGAAAAUGAUUGAUCAAGGAAAGCAUUUGAUACCAUGGAUGGGCGAUAACACGUUGAAAAUAGACAGGUCCGUUUCCCUAACCUAGACAAAUUUAUCAUCUAGGAUAUUUAUUCUUGCAUAAAUGCACCGUACAUGUAACCUUUAGAAGAAUGAUAUCAGAUUAAAGUAAAGAAAAUGCAGCAGUUGAAAUAACACUACUACGAAUUGGUUAACGUGCGGCUAAGCAAUCUGGAGGCUGUUUAAGGUUUCUGCAGGUGUGUUGGCUGCGAACAGGCGGUGUGGAAGCGCGGUAUACGCGUUCUACACGCUCGUAGAGCAACGUGCUCUCUCGUGAAGUUGGUGUUUGUGGCUGAUCCGUCGGCGCAGCAGCAAGAUACGAUGGACGCGGAGCACUGGGGGAUUUACGGAUAUACGAACCACCGACAGGUGGGUUCGAUCAAAGAACGAUUCUGACGGAGGAGGAGCUGAAAGUGGAACAGUUGUGCGACGAAGAAAGGUAUCGGUCCCUCUACAACAACGAGAUGGAGGACUCGAUCUAUCACGAGGAAGAAAUAAAACGACUUCAUCAAGCGUUGGAUUCGGAGAAUACGUACGGUCAGGUGGGGUACGACUACAACGAGGAAGGCAAGACCGCGACCGGUUCGAAAAGCACGUGCGACGAUUCGCAAAGUCCGAAAAGAUCCGAAGGAUCCCAGGAGGAGGAUCAGGCUUUCGUACCACCUCCUGAUUUGGAAAUACCAGAUGGUAUUCCAUUGCCGGAAACUCAAAAACUGAACGCCAUCAUAACGAAAACGGCGUUGUUUAUAAGUCGUCAAGGAGGGCAAAUGGAGAUCUUGAUUAAAGCGAAGCAGGCGAACAAUCCACAAUUUUCCUUCUUAUCGAUAGACGGGCCGCUGCAUCAAUAUUACAGAUACAUAUUGGAUGCAAUCAAGAGCGGAAAAUACAAUCCUGAAAAGCAGCCGGAGAAGGAGGAAGAAUCUGAACCCGAAGAUGGAUCGUCGGACCAAGACGACGAACCGUAUCUUCAUCCGAGUCUGGCGCCGUCGUUCACCAAGAUAGAGGCGGCCCCUAGUAUUCCAAGCAUACAGUACAAACCAUCCGCGGACUGCGCAUACUCGAUGCUUGUGAAUAAAAUCACCGGGAAACCGCCGCCUUCGAAAGCUCCUCCGCAACAGUUGGAAAGUACCGGUCAAGCGACGGCUACCGCAGCGGGGUAUUACCAUCCGGUAGCGGGACAGGGGUACAGUCCAUAUCCUGCGGCGGCACCUGUACAAUACUCCCACGGCCCGGUGAUAUACGGACCGAACGGCCAGAUACAAUCGCCGUUGCAAUUGGCACCUAUAAACACGGUGUCCUCCCCGAACGAUUCGCUCGCGGCUCACGUUGCGAUCAGCGAGUGUCAACUGCCGUUGGUACCUUACGGAACUACGUCCCAGAAACAACUGAGUAGACCUUCUUUCAUCGUACCGCCAGCGGACGUGCAAAUAAUUAUCGACAAAAUGGCUAGCUACGUGGCGAAAAAUGGUCGAGAUUUCGAAGCGAUCGUGAAAAAUAAGGGUGACCCGAGGUUUAAUUUUCUGGAACUGUCGCAUCAGUAUCACGGUUACUACGCGCACAAGUUAACGAUAUACGAAGGCGCGGUAAAUCCAAAAGUGUUGACGGAGGAGGAGUUACUACAGAAACAAGAACCACAGGAGGAGAAACAGAAGAAAUUGGAAGAAUUACAAAAGAAGCAGCAAAGAAUGGAAGAAGUACAAAAACGGGUGAAAAUGAUACAAGCGAAAAAGAAAUGCGACACAAGAAUGAAACAGACGACGACGGCGACGGCGGCAACGACAACGAUAACGACAUCGUCGACGGGAGGAGGGCUGAAACAAGUAACGACCGUGUCAUUUUCCAUAAAAAAACCAAAGGAAGGUGAAACGGGAGUAAUCGAGAAGCGAAACGCUCUUCCGUUGGAGGAGAGCGACGAGGAAAUGGGAAGCGAGAACAAAGAGGGCAACUCGAAGCCGAGCUCGCCACAGGAUUCUACAGAACAGAAUUUCUUAACUGCUGUCGGCACAAUGGACAAAGACGGAUGGAAGUUGGAGAAGAAACCGAAGAACGAAGAAAAGGAAUUGGUAGAUUUGACCGAUGAAAUUCUGGAAGAUUGUCAGAAAGAGAUUAGACACAAUAAACAGAACGAAGAGAGAAUAAAAGACAAACUAGUGGCUGCGGCGCGAGAUAAACUCGCAGCUACUUCCAGAGAAAGGCAGCUUCAGCUGGAAAGAAAGAAGAAGGCCGCAGCGUUUUUGAGUCAAAUCCAGACAAACGUGUUGUCGAAAAGUAGCGGUCACAGCAGUCACAGCGGUAAUAGCGGUGGGAGUGUUGGUCAGGGGGCGCGAAAAGACGAUUCGGAUGAGGUGCAUUCUGUUCCGUCUCCGUCGCCUUCGCCCUCGUUGGACGACGCGAAAUCCUGCGACUCCAGGAGCGGUGGAAAUUCUUUAAUGGACAGAUUGAAAAGCGCGGAUCUGACCGGUAAAAGAUCUAGACCGCGAUCGAGAAGCUGCAGUAGGAGUCGGAGUUGCACGGACAGGCAAAGAUUUCACAAGAAGCACAAGAAAAAGAAAAGCUCUCACCGAAGCAGCCACGAUAGUCCGAGUAGUUCUCGAUCGCACAGGUCCAAGAAGAGCAAAAAGUCUUCGUCCAAGCAUAGAUCUCCAUCGCGAACACCAUCUCGGAGGCAUCAGCACAACGCGCGACGAAAAGGAAGCAAUUCGUCCUAUUCAGAUUCGAGUUCACCUUGAAAUAUUGCUCGUUAUCCAUUAUUCGUAUUUCGAACAUUUUGAUACGUAUAAAAGUGUAUGUACAUACAAGGAUAUAAGCGUCGUGCGUACAUAUAUGCUUACGCGUAUGUACGGUUAUUACAUUCAACGCGUCAAUGAUAAUUUUAAUACAAAUGUUGUCCAAGAAAUGAAAAUACAUAAUAAAUGGGGUAACAGGAUCGAAGAAUAAAGAGAAAUUUUUAACUGAAA